AUGGUCGAAGAAGUGAGCUACCACGACAUCUGCAAGCGGCUCGAAAUGAACGCGGUUCCGCUAUCAGCAGCCACGUCUGCUAUAGCUCAAGGAACAUCUUUCGCUUACUCUUACCUGAACAGUCAUUUGAGUGCGAAAGAUACUUCUUACACGGAAAACCUCUCUCUCACCGUCACAAACCCUACAGAUCAGAUCGCAUCGAUUACGAUAACAUCUUCAUACGUGAAUUUCACUACCAUGAAUUUUGUUGUUGGAGGAGGAGAAGUGAUGACGGUGUCCAUCACUCCGGCAGACAUUCAGACGGAUUAUAUGGACAUGUACCUUCAAUAUGCCGUGAAUGAAAACAAAGUUCUUUUCGUCGAUUCGAACGUUACCGUUUCUCUCAUUGCCAGCAACAGUCUCACCGGUGGUGGAGGCGAGGACAAAUUUGUCGUUCUCCCGAUAUGUCAACUUGGUAUGGAAUAUCACGUCGUUGGUGACGAGUCGUCUCAUGUUUUUCAGAGCUAUGAGUCGACCAACAUCAUCACCAUCAUCGCCACACAGGACAGCACAACGGUUCAAAUGAAUUAUCUGUACACGAAGCCUACCGUAUUGAAUCGUGGACAACAACUCACCAUCGCGACUUAUUACACCCAGACGGCGGUUACCGUGACUUCGGACAAGCCUGUAGCUGUGAUCUCUGGGUCUGUUUGUGGAUACGGCUACUACAAUCCAAGUCACUGCAGUUAUGAGGUGCUGAUGCUUGCACCGGCGUCGAACUGGGCUCUAGACGCUCCCUUCUACAAAUAUCAACCGGAAGACAUCGGUGAAUUCAUGGUUCUCUUCCAGAAAGCGAACACUGACCUAUAUCUCAAUGAGGAGAAGGUGGACAGCGGUCCAUUCGGUAAUGAUUCGUACCUGAUUGUUGGGACAAGGACAGGAAUCUACGUCCGAGCCAACGGUCCAAUCUACGUAGUCGCUGUACGUGCCAGCAUUUACUUACAAGUAGGCAGCUCGAACACGCAAAACCAAGGAGCCCCCUUCUUUGCAAAUGUUCCGACGAGCUCCAGCUUUGGCCAGGGACCAUACACGUUCACGGUUGCGCCGACGGUGGACGAACAACUGAACAUGAAGCACUUCAUCCGUGUCACCUGCUCAUCGCUAAAUUGCAUUGGAACUGUAAAGGUUGACAACUACGUUCCCAAUGGACUGCUCUUCACAAGAAUGGGUCGAAGUAACUACUACUGUGUUGACGUCGCUGUGAAAGGAGGCAAGCACACAGUGUCCUUCGUCGGAGCCGAUACGCCGUGGGCACCCAUCUCUUUUGGUGUGACGGUCUAUGGUUAUGGAUUGAAUCGUGCCUACGCGUUCACACCUGGACUCAGCUAUCAA